CUAUCGCUAAAAAAAUUCUCAUCUAUUAUUUGCAGUAUAGGUAAAUAAUGUAAGUUAAAAUAAGUUCCAUUUACCUUCACUUGGCUUAAGAAUGAAACUUUUUCAUUGCGUCAUCGGAACGAACGUGAUAUUCGCUGUUGGGGUCAAGAGUUUGCCUUAUCUGAACUAUGAUAUGCAGUGUAUUGGUCUUCAAUAAUUCAAGCAAUUUUACGUCUAACAAUGUUAAGGAUUUCCAUGGAUUCAUCCCCUCCAUUAACAAAUAUAGUCCACUAUCUGUACUUUAUUUUGCUCAGUCCAAUAAAUUCUUCAAUUUAAGCAGAUGCAUAAUUAGUCGUCAACAAAUUAUUUAAACUUUCUUUUAAAAUUUUUUAAUUAUAAACGUGGUUAUUUAUAACUUUAAACUUUCAUACAUCUUGAACCCAGGUCUGCUGGAAUGAAAUGAAAAUGAAGACUUUCUAUAUAAUCAUAAGCUGCAUAAUAUUCAACGUUGGCAACAUCAAUGGUGACUACACGACAGGAAAUUUCAAGGAAAAGACUGGGCUUUAUUUCCAGGACAUGGGUCCCAUUUCUAUAUCCAGAGAAGUCUACAGAAUCAUCAUGUACCACGAUUUAAACCAUAUUUUAAACUUUAAUGUGUACUUUGAUGUGUCUUGUUCUUCUGAAUCAUCGAAAGAAUCUGCAUCAGUCUGCUCUACGUACCUUUCCAUCCCAGAGAAAGUAGCUUCUCAAAAGAAUACUUCUCUCAGAAACUUAGAACUAGACAAGGAUAAUUUUCCAUUCCAAGAAACUCCAAUUUCCUUGUAUGGACAUUUUGAACCUGCAGACUUCAACUUGUAUGAAGGAAUCCAUGGGCCGUACUAUUUGUCAUACGUUUACCCGUACAAUGUUAAAAUCUAUGAGAAUAAAUUCGGAUAUAAAUUUCCAGAUAAAAUGGAACAUAUUUCUGUUCAUGCUGCAGGUUAUUAUAAUCAGUUAACCACCGAAAAUUUUACAGAAGUAAACCACUUGUUUCACCAAUGGAAAUCAGAAGUGAAUACAUUAGAAGAAGCAGUAAUUCUCGCGAAAAAGGGAGAAAUUCAUUCCACCAUUCUUACACCAAAAAUUCUUAUAAAAGUUUUGAAAGAUGCAAAAGAGAAAUUUAAGAACUCCGUAGUCCCUUUUCAUCUCGAGGAUCUCAAUUAUAAUGACAUCAUUAGCGUCAGUAAUUUAAAAAUAUCCAUCACGAAGAAUUUUUUGAUUUACGACCUUGAAGUUCCUAUGAUAGAAAAGGAUAGCUACAAGCUUUAUAGAUUGGUCCCGUGGCCCAUGAAGUUGGAAAACCAGGAUACUUAUUUCUUCGUAGAACCAAACGAAGAUUAUAUAGCUGUAAAAGCAUAUCAUCACUCAUACAUACCAUUUAAAGAAGAUGAGAUUCGAAACUGCAAGACAUCGCAAGAAAGAAUCUUCUGCUCAGUUCCAAGUACGAUGAUCCACUUAGAUUUGCCAAAUACUUGUGAGAGUGCCUUGGUUUCUAAUCACAGGGACGAUUUUUUAUCGGUUUGUACAGUAAAACUGAUCAAGUUUAGAGAGACUAUUUGGCAAAGAUUGGAUAAUGAAAAUUCAUGGAUCUUCACCACUUCAAACGAUUCAAUAAGGAUCAUUUGUUCAGACGAUCAAAGUAUUCAAAUGACCUUGAAUAAUUCUGGAUGGAUCACAUUGAAUUCAUCCUGUGUUGCAACUUCUAAUAGAGUGACCUUGAAACCUUUCCAAAAGCAUGUGGAGAAUAAUGCUGUACCUCAAGCGACAGUUUUCAGAUUAAACGUUGCAAAUAGGGUGGAAGAAUAUUUAAAGAAUUUAAAAAUUGAUUUAAAGGAAUUUGACGUAUUUGACUUUGGUAGAAAAGCAUAUUUAGAUCUGAAGGAUUUAAGAAUAAGAGGUACUGCUUUAGACGUUAUGAAAAAAAAUACUAAGACAGUAUGUACCCAUAUUUGGCUCUGGAGCUUUGUCGUUGUGUUAUAUUUUCUUUUUGCUAUGUAUAUUUUAUUUGAUAACUUUUUAAAAUAUCAAUUCUCCAAUAAAGGAAGUUCGCGUUUUAGUACAGAAUUUUCGAGUAAAAAUUUGUAUCCAAUGGAGAACUGAUUAUGGUUGGAAGUAAUCCUAAUUCUGUUCAAAUUACGAUUAGUCAGGUCCCUGAUACUGAAAAGAAUGUGGUGAAUAUUGGCGGGCAGAAGUAGUUUAGAAAGGGAGCGUCCAUAAACCAUGUGACCCCCAAAUAAAGGGGGGGGGGUCUUUAAACGCAUCACGCAAUGUUUUAAAUAAUAAGUUUAUUUUCAGAAAGUAUUAUAAGAAACACAAUAUCCAUCUAAUUGACCAUCUUAUGUAUCAAAUUGCAUAGAAUGGAAAAUCAGAAAACAUAUGCUUCCAAACAUCAAUAAUAGAUUCGGAUGCUUUAGGGGCAAAUAUAUAAAAAUUAAUAAAAUCUUAGCUUAGACUGGAAAUUAUAUAGGUUUACUUAAAAUAUGUUUAAAAUUUUGUUUGAUAAUUUAUUGUAAUUUAUUUUUAGAAAUUGCCUACGAUUUUGUUGUUGACUUUAUAAAAAAUUAUAUUUAUCUUGAGUUUAAAUAAAUAAGUGCAAACAUUUUUAUUAGUGGCAUUAUUGAGUUAGAUCGAAGCACUUAUCGAAGCUACUUAAAUAUAUGUUGUUUCUCAAAAAGAAUAAGAAUAUGUUUGCGAAAAUAUGCAUACCAUUUUUUAUUAUCCUAUAAAAUUUUAUAUCUGAAUCAAAUAGAUUUCGGUAAAAUUAAUUUCAUAUUGUCACAAAAAUUUCAAAAACAAAGCGAGAUAGAAGAAUGAAGAGACAUUUCUCUAUAACUGUUUUAGAGAAACAAUUUUAUUCCUUCGAAUUUUUUAAAUCUGAUGUUGUUUCGGCAAAAGACGGGAAUUUUCGUGUUUCAUACAAACAUUUUUUUAAGGCUAGAACACAGGGCAGUUUAUCAUUGAAUAUAUUCAUUACAUCAAGUUGAUUAUAGGAAAAAAUUAAGAAAAAAGUUACAGUGAGGUUAUCGAGUAAAUUUAUUGAAUAUUUUCAGAACAACCACCACCAUUUUGUCAAUUUUGAGAUUUCUAAAAAAAGUUUAACGGGUUUCAAAGAGAAAACGAGAAAUUCUGGGCGAAUCAGACAAAUAAAGACAAAUAUCUAUGCUAGAUAUAAAAAUAUCAUACUUUAAUAGAAAUUUAUAUUAUAUUUUAAUAAUCUACUUACAAAUUUUUAAAAAUUAAUUACAGAAGACUUUUUGGUGAAGAAGGACCGAAAAAUCUUACGAGUUUUUAAUUAAGGGGGCAGAGAAGUAAAAAUAAUUUCUUCCGAAAGUUUCCUCUGUACAACUAUUAUUUUUAAAAUGGGCUAAUUAAAACCUUCUGCGAAAUUUAAAAUUACGUUUUUACGCGAUCAAACGCAUUAAAUUAUUAUCCUUUGAAUUUCAUGGAUAUCCUACAAAGUCUCUUGAAAAUUCUUUAAACCGAUAAGGAACCUUGGAAAUCUUUGAAAAUUCUUUGACAUUCUGUGAAAUCUUUCGAAAUCCGAAAAAAGGUUUGGAAUUUUCUAAAUUCCAUAUACAUCCCUCAAAAUCUCUAAAAAUCUAUUAAAAUCCUUAAAAUUCCUUAAAAUAUAUCAAAACCUUUCGAGCUUCUUUCGAAAGCUAUGAAGUCGUUUUAAAAUUCAUUGCAUUUUUUAAAUCAACAGGAACGUUUCCAAAUCUCUUCAAAUCACUUAUAACAUUUGAAAAUCUAUUCAAAUUAUUCGAAAUCCUUCAAAAUCUUUUAUAUCGUGCGAACAUUGCUUGAAAUUCUGUUAAAUGUUCUGAAAUCUUCCGAAAUCCUCUAAAAUCUGUGGAAACAGUUUGGAGUCGUUAAAAAUCCCGUAAUAUCAAAAGCCUUUUAAAUAUCCUAUAUUACGUUAAAAGCAUUUAACAUUCUUUCCAGCCUUUGCAAAUCUUUUAAAAUCUCAUGAAAUCCCGAACAAUCUCUUCAAAUCAUCAAGCCCACAUUAAAAUCCCAUGGCAUCCUUCAAAAUUCUUGAAAAUACUAUGAUAUCUCUAGAAUUGAAAUUCCUGAUACCUUUUGAAGUAUUUCGAAAUUUCGUGUAAUCUCUUAAAAUAACUUGAAACCAUUAAAAUCUUUGUAAUCCACGGAAAUCGUUCUUAAUUAAUUAAAAUGUCUCGAAACCGAAAGAACUCCAUCACAAAUCGACGGUAUUCCUUGAAAUGCCGUAAAAGCUGAUUAAGCUUCCUGAAGUCCCUUAAAAUCCUAUAAAAUCCCACGAAGUCUCACUAAAUUUCUAAAAAAACUGAGGAGAUCACGCUAAAUUCCGUAAAAUGUUGUAAUUAUUUGAAAUACUUCAUAGUUCCUCGAUAUGCCUGCAAAUCCCUAUAAAUCUGUUAAAAUAUUUUCAUAUCACUGGAAGUCUCUCAAAACUUUUGAAAUCCGUAAAAUUUUGUUGAAAUAUCGUUUAGAGUGAAAAUAACUGAUAUAUUGUUGAUAUUUUUAAUAAAAAGACACUGUAAUGUAAUUAAUGCAUUAUAUUAAUUCAUUAUAAACGGUCAUGUAUGUCUUAAUCGUUGUAGAAUAGUCCAAAACAUCUAAAAACAAAACGCUUUUAAAAUGGCCAAAAACGCGAAAUAAUCAAAUAUUACACGAGGAAAAAUUGUAGUCGAAUUAGACUAUUUAUUUAGAAAUUAUUUUAUUUAUAUUUCCGUGAACAGUUAGUUUAUUUUAAAUGUUUUGUGAACUUUUGUGAACUGUAGCUUAUGAGAAUGGCUUUUUCAUAGAGUUUCAAUUUUUCGGUUUAGCGCAGAGGUUAGCACUCCCGACUGCUCGGCAAUUGAUUUAGGUAACGCAACAGAUUCUUAUCGCAAUUUGCUUCUUUUACUACUUCUUAAUGUAAAGAGUUUUUCAAGAAAUAUGGAAAUUUUAUUAUUGCAAAAAAUCAAGUCAUUAGAAAUUCUAUAUGGAAAUUAUGUUAAAUAAUUUCAUAAUUGAACACUUUUUUCAUGAUUAUUGAAAAAUAUUGUAAAUGCUAGUUUGUAUUAAAACUUUGUAUUUUACAAUAAUAAAAAUUUAAGAGCUCGAAAGUAUGUAAGUAUACAAACACGAAUCAAUGAAAGUAAUAUAUUUAGGUAUUAAAGUAUUAUAUUUUGCAAAUUUUCAGAAAUUUUUUGGAAAAUGACUACCAAUCUCUUUCAUAUAAUUCAAAUUUUUAAAUAAUAUAACAAUAAAUAAUCUCUCGAUCACUGAUACGAGUCCGGAAACCAGUACACUUACCAUACUCAUCCUGACCAAAGGAUUUUUUUAUGAUGGCAAAUGAAAGCCCAAAAACGACACAAAAUUAUUUAUCUACCUAGAAUAAGAGUAGAGGGUUUCUAUAUACAUGGUCGUUGAAUUUAAAUAAGAAUUAAAAUCUUUCUAUCGUGUCUUUAAAUAUAAGAAAAUUUAUAUCCAUAAAAUGAAUCAUAAUUUUAAGCCAGUCGCAACUUCACAAAGAAAUUUUCUAGCGCCCUUAUCCAUCAAAUAAAAGAUAAUUUUCUAAGUUAAGGACGUCAACAAAUGUUAUUUUCUUUGCUACUAAUUUUUCAAUUUUUUAAAUGUUUUAGAAAACUUUAUAAUAAUAUAUUGAAAGUCAGUUGUCGCCAUAUCGCCAAUAAAAUACAAACAAUCUUUUUAUAUCGCGCGCGAUAAACGUACAUAUCGCGUUUCGCGAUCGAGUAUUUAUCCAUUGCACUUGGAAUGCUCAAAUUUGCGAUAUCAAAAAGUUCUCUUGUACAAAAAAUGAUUUAAAUUUUUCUACCUAAUUGAAUGUAUUUAGUUAAAGAUGAAGUUACUCAAAGCUCUAUAGUUUUUGAGGUACACAUUCUCAUCGUAAUACUCGCGCUACACGCUCGAUUUUUGACAGACAUUCGUAA